AUGACGCUGGACACGUACUUCAUUACGGUCAUUCGCCCGAUCAUGGCGACGGCGCCCUUGUCCGGCUUCUUCUUCAUACUUUUUGUGAUGCUCGGCAACGCGUUCAAGAUCGCGAGGGAGGACAAGGAAAAUGUAGCGAAGGACGCCGAGCACGAGAAGCGGCGCGAGCUCAAGGGUGCCAGUGGAUUUCUAGAGCUGGACAAGGAUGGCUCUGGGGAUCUCACGUACGACGAGUUCAAGUCCGCCCUGUCGCAUCCACAGGUCAGGCAGGUCCUGAGCCUGCUUGACCUCACGAAGCAGGAGAUGCUGGACAGCUGGGAUAUCAUGGACGACGGUGACAACGUGCUCACCAUCGUGGAGUUCACGAACGGCAUCCGCCGCAUGAAAGGGAGGGCGAAGUCCAAGGACAUCCAGGACGUGUACAAGAGGCUGGGCCAGACGGGCGACAUCUUCCACGACGUGUGGGCGGAGCUGGAGGAGUACCGCCUGGAGAUGCGCCUCCUGGAAGACAAGGCGGCGGCCGUCUCCGAGGACACCAGCGAGAUGCUGGGCCUGCUGCGCGAGAUGUUCAUGCG